AUGGCGACUGAAGAGGCGGAGGCGGCGGUGGCGCUGAUGGACUCGGACGGGGACGGGUUGUUGGUUUUGGAGGAUUUCAUGAAGAUAGUGGAGGGAGCGGGAGAGGAAGAGAAGCAGAGCGAUUUGAUAGUGUUUCAUUCGUUUCAGGCUCAUCAAAAGCUGCUGGACCUUAAUUCACAAAUUCUGCUUCAAUUUCUCAAUAUUCUGACUCUCAUGGAGAAUAUCGAUAGAUUGGGAUCUACUUCAACAAAUUCUGCGGUUGAAGACGGAUUAGGAUCUACAUCAACAGGAUCUACAUCGAUCAAUGAUGGAUCGAUUAUGAAUGAUCUUAGAAAUCCAGGAGGGUCUCUUUUUGAUACGAAUUCAAAUUCGGAUUCAGAGCCAGAAUCAAAUAAUACCGCAGUUGAAGUGUCAUACUUACCUGAUUGUCCAUCCCAGCUAAAGCCUUAUAUUGGACAGAUUUUUCUUAGACUUGAUGAUGCUACUGAGUUCUAUAAUAAGUAUGCACGACAUGUUGGGUUUGACACUCGUAAACAUGGAUCAAAAAAGAAGGGAGAUCAUGUCACAUGGUUGUAUGUUGUGUGCAGUAGAGAAGGAAUUGGUUAUGUUGUCAAUCAAUUUGAUGAAAUACAUAAUCAUGAUAUGAUGGAGUUACGCCAUAAGCGAUUCAUGAGGCUGAAUCGCAACAUUGACCUAUUGCAUCAGAAAUUUAUACUAGAUUGUGCAAGUGCAAACAUAGGCCCUACACUGACUUUUAAGUUGCUGAAUGAGGUUCUUGGUGGGCUGGAUUAUGUUGGUUGCACGGUUGUAGAAGUUAGAAACUAUAGGCGCGACUUGAGAGCAUAUACUAGUGGGGCAGAUGCACAAAUGGUACUUAAUGAGAUGAGCCGGAAGAAAGAGAAUUGUCCAGCAUUCACCUAUGAUUUUGAGGUGAACUCUAAGGAUAUGCUCACUCGUCUUUUCUGGUGUGACCCCAUUGCUAAGAAGAAUUUUUAUCUCUACGGUGAUAUAGUAUCGUUUGACACAACCUAUUCAACUAAUAGGUACUGCAUGAUAUUUGCACCGUUCACAGGAAAAGACAACCAUGGGAGACCUGUAGCAUUUGGUGCAGGCUUAUUAUCUAAAGAAAAUGCUGAUUCCUUCACAUGGUUGUUUGAACGUUUUGUCAAAUGUAUGGGUUCUGCACAAAAAUUGAUCAUUACUGAUCAGGAUUUGGGAAUGAAGGUUGCUCUGGAAAGAGUCCUUGUUGAUACAAGACAUCGAUGGUGCAUGUGGCACAUCAUGUUCAAGGUUGUGGAAAAGUUACCAAAGAAUCUACUUGGCAAUGAAGACUUGAAAAAGGAGUUAAACCAUUGUGUGUGGUCUGAGUUGAUAGAGCCUGAAGAAUUUGAUGAAGAAUGGAAUAAAGUGCCUGCAUUCUUUAGGGAUUUUCCAAUGAGUUCACUAAUAAAGACCACAUCAAUAUCUGAAUCUCAGAACAUAUUCUUCAAGAGGUACUCCAAGUCUCGUUCGAAUCUUGUUGAAUUUCUUAUGAAUUACAAUAAUGCAUUGGAUGGCCAAAGGAGCAACAACAAUAGGCUAGAAUACUUGGAUUUUAACACAAUUCCAACUUUGAAAACAAAUUCAGCCCUCGAGAAGCAUGCUUCGACAAUAUAUAGUGAUAUUGGUUUCAAACUAAUUCAAAGUGAGAUUGAGGAAGCAGUUGAUAAUGUCACUAUGGUGACAGUGUCAAACAUUGGUGAGAAUGAGAUUUAUGUAGUCAACGACAAGUUCUCGAAGAACUGGACUGUGUCAUACUCCACAUCUUUUGAUUCAUAUGCAUGUAGUUGUAAGAUGUUUGGGAGGAUUGGGCUUGUAUGCAGUCACAUUUUUUGGGUCUUGAGAAACAAAAAAAUUAAAUUAAUCCCUAAUGAGUUACAUGGAGGACGCUGGUUGAAGUCUAAAUUUGUCAAGGCUGUGCAUUGUGGGUUUGAUGAUGAUAUUGAAACAUUUAUUGUUGUGGAUGAGACGAAGCAGGAGUAUAGGGAUAUGCAUGGAGAUUUUUAUGAUAUUGCACGGCUUAUUGAAGUAGAUGGUGAUAAAAUUCGAGCAUUUAGACAAAUUAUGGCUGAAGGAAGAAAAGAAGUACUUGGUGAGGGAAAUGUGUUGUCAAUUAGUGAAAAGAGAUUAAUGAUUGAGAAUUUUUAUGGAUCACAUGUCCCUAGUCAAAUAGAUGUUCAUCCACCAGAUGUCGUCAAAACCAAAGGUUGUGGUCGACGUCUUUCUCGGCUUGAGAAGGAAAUGAGAGAGAUGUCCAAGCCUGGUCGGAAAUGUGGAAAAUGCGGCGAGGUUGGUCGGCAUGAUUCAAGAAAUUGUGAUAAGAUACAGGACGAGAAUAACAAGAAAAAGAGGAGAAACCAAUGUUGA